UUUUAUUUAUUUGAAUGUGCACGUUUUAUUUAUUAGGAUAUGAUUUUUUAGAAAUGAUUAGAGUGAUAACUAUUUAACUGUUAGAAAUGGGCUUAACAAAACAGUAUCUACGCUAUGUACCAGCCGGAAAUUUCAAUAUUAUAGCAAGUCAAAACUGCAAUACAGUGUUUGUAACGUUAGAUAGCCAAGAGGGAAGGUUUGUUGCUGUUGGCGCUUCUGAGCAUAUAAUAAUAUGGGAUUUAAGACUAGGGGAAAAGGCUCAAGUUUUACCGGGGGAAAAAGCAGUUGUUACUACUAUUUGUGCUAGUCCCAAUAAGCGACACCUUGCAGCAGGUUACUCUGAUGGGAACGUUCAAGUAUACGAUUUAAAAUCAGCCGAUAUUGUUAGUAUAUUUUCUGGUCACAGGUCUGAAGUAACCACUUUAGCAUAUGAUAAUUUUGGUCACAAAUUGGCAUCUGGGUCAAAGGACACUGACAUCAUUGUUUGGGAUACAGUGGCAGAAGUAGGAUUAUGUAGACUUUCAGGUCACCGAAAUGCUAUCACAAAAAUUGCAUUUAUGUCUCAACAGUCAGUACUUAUAUCAGGCUCGAAAGACAGUUUUGUAAAAUUUUGGGAUUUAGAUACACAGCACUGCUUUAGGACAUUGGUGGGGCAUCAAACUGAAGUUUGGUCUUUAACCCUUAUGAAAGAUGAUCAGUAUCUAGUAACCGGCUGUGGAGAUGCUGAAUUAAGGGUAUGGAAACUGUCUCAAAGAGAUCUAUCAAACGAAAAUAAAAACCCUGUCGAGCAUUUAGCGACCACCUUAGAAUUAACUAUUCUAGACGAUUCAGAUGAUCCAACAGUAAGUAGUGCUAAUAAUUUUGAAAACAAAUGUAUAUUUUGGCCAUUUCAGUAUCCACUGCAGUGCAAUAAAGCAGGCUCUUUGUUGAGAGGAGGAAGGGGUCGAGUUGUAUCAAUGUUUAGUGACGCAAGUGGACAAGUCAUUGGGUGUCAUGGUACGGACAUGCAAAUUGAACUGUUUCAGUUUCUAUCAGAAGAUGAGGCACGUGUUAGAAUGAGAAAGAGGUUGAAAAAAGAAAGAAGAAAGGAAAAAAAAAAUGAGAACAUGGAAAUUGACCAAAACGACAGUUCCGAAAACGUAAAUCUUCAAUUAAGUCUAAGAGAUGAAGUAAAAAGGCUCACUUCUAUUAAACUCUCCAAUAAGCCGAAGUCUUUGGAUCUAGUUCUCGGUGACGGUGGAGAGUUACGUGUGUCUACAAAUCUUUCGAAUAAUACUGUCGAAUUAUAUUCUCUUCAGACUAACGUAAAAGAUGCCGAGCCUAAAUUGUUAAGAGCAAUAGUAAGUCAGGGACAUCACAGUGAAGUGAGAGCAGUAGGUUUCAGCAGCGAUAACUUGGCUAUCGUUUCUGGGAGUGCCGAGUCUGUGAAAAUGUGGAACAGGCCUUCUCAGGCUUGUUUAAGGACAGUUAAUACAAGCUACAUUCUGUCUACCAUUUUUGUACCUGGCGAUCGCCACGUUCUAGUUGGAUUAAAAGAUGGUAAAUUAUUGAUAGUCGAUAUAGCAGCAGGCGAUAUAUUGGAGGAGAUUCCCGCACAUUCACAAGAGCUGUGGUCAGUUUGCCUGCAGCCUGAUUUGAGGGGCUGUGUGACUGGAGGAGGGGACAAAACCGUAAAAUUUUGGCAGUUCGAAUUGGUAGUUGACGAAAAAAGUGAAUCAAAAGCUAAAAUACUAUCCUUAAUACAUACCAGGACCCUUAAACUCGAAGACAGUGUCCUAUGUGUUAAAAUUUCACCGAACGGCAAAUUUAUUGCUGUUGCUCUUCUGGACUCUACUGUUAAAAUAUUUUUCCUUGACACUUUUAAGUUUUAUCUCUCUUUGUACGGUCAUAAACUGCCGGUGUUGUGCAUGGACAUAUCUUCAGACUCGACCUUGAUAGCUACGGGCUCGGCUGACAGAAAUCUGAAAAUAUGGGGGAUGGAUUUCGGCGACUGCCAUAAAAGCAUAUUUGCACACGACGAUUCCAUUACAGGCCUUCAGUUCGUGCCCAAGACCCAUUACUUUUUCACUUGUGGGAAGGACGGGAAAGUUAAAGAGUGGGAUGGCGACACGUACGAUAAAAUAGUUACAUUGCAGGGCCAUGCUGGUGAGGCUUGGUCCUUGGCGGUAAGUCCAAACGGACAAUUUGUGGUGUCCUGCGGUGCAGACCGCGUAUUAAGGUUGUACGAAAAAUCUGACCAAGUGUUAGUUUUGGAAGACGAACAGGAGGAAGAAAGAGAGCAAAAUGAGGCUUUGGCGACUGGCGAGCAGACUGUAAUACCUGGUCAACCAGGGUUAAACCUACCGUCAAAGAAGACUGUAGGAAGCGAAAAAGCGGCUGAAAGUAUAUUGGAAUGUUUGGAAAUAUGUGAAAAGUAUAGAGAACAACUCGCAGAGCAUCAAGCUUUGCAAGCAGCAUCCGCACAACCACUGCCGACACCAAUUCCACCACCUUUGAUGAUAGCUUUGAGUGUGUCCACACCCGAUGAUUUUCUUUUGGAGACUAUUAAGAGAAUCAGACCGAGCGAUCUAGAAGAAGCUCUUCUGAUUUUACCUUUUUCUUCGGUAUGUGAGGUGUUACAAACUCUGCCAGCUUUAAUAGCCAGGGGGGAUCAUACAGAGCUCGUCUGUAAAAUAUCGAUGUUCCUGUUGAAGUUACAUCACGCUCCCAUCGUGGCUAAUCACACUCUGCUGCUUACUUUACAGAAAUUACAGAAAUUAGCCAAGGAAAAAGUGGAACAAUUAAGAGACUUGAUCGGUUACAACUAUUACGGAAUGCAGUUUCUUCAGAAAGAAAUAGAAGAUGCUCAAGGUGUACAGUUUUUUAGGGACGCAACUAGAGAGAAAAAUAAGAAGGAUAAGAAAAGGAAACAUUUAGAACGGGUCAAAAGGUCUAUAAUGGUAUUGAGUUAAUUUUGUUACAAGGUAACUUGAAUAAAUUAUUUUUAUCAAUGAU